UGGAGAGGAUUCACUUUGUUGCGAGACCAAAAGAGAUAUAAAAAAAGAUACUCCAAGAAUGGUUAUUAUAUCAUUCCACAGCAUUGAGCGACUGAUAUCAAAUAGAAAAACAUCAGUAGUCACACUUGAGAUAUAGUCCUUAGUUCUCGCCCAAGUCUCCCGAGUCUCGCGAGUCUUCCGAGUCCUCCGUCUUCGUUCCUCUCUCCUCCGUUCCUUCUCCAGGCGUAUGAACCAAAGGAGCGACUUCUGGGAUUCGCCAGGGAAGGGUAGUGGACCACAGAACGUACUUUAAGCAUAAGCCUACUCCAUUUCAAAGUGAGCUGAGCAAAGAGAACAGACACGGCAAAGACGAGCAAAGCCAAAGGCAUGGAUGAAGGGCCGGUCUGUCGUUGGUGCUCGGACUUCUCGUGCCAGCGAUGAUAAUGAUAAUGAUGCCGGCCGGGAUUCGACGGCGCUCCUCCUCACAUGCUCCUUGGGAAGCCUGCCAAUAUUCACGACGCAAUAACCAACCCAAACUGGAUUGUACAAUCUAUAAUCCACUUAUCCCUACCCGGUGAUGCAUAAUUUUGGCUCAAAGACUUGAAAGUCAACCUUUUUGGAUCCAUUGGCCAUGGAGUUAUUUCAACAACUCCAAUGCAGUUAUCGUAAUAUCAGAGCUUUCCGGCCCAUUUUGACAGUUCUUUGUUUUGAUCUCGUUCCAUACGUCACAAGCCGUGAGCGGCGUGUGUGUGUGUGUGCGAGGGCAAGGACCACAUUGGUAGGUAGCCGGCCGUGUUCCACUUGCCGGGACGGGCUUUGGCAGACUGGAUCGAUGGAAACGAAAGGAAAAGUUGUCGGACGGCAGAGCCAAAUUGCGCGCAUGACAGGAGGAGAGGCAAGGAGUCCGUCCGUCUAUCCUCGCCCGUGCACCCGUCCACACCUCCCCAUCCUCUGGAUACUGGGGAUGGCUGGAUUGGACUGUGGAUUGGACCCGUGGAGCAUGGAAGGCGAUUCCCUCGUCGUCUGGCCUGUCAUAGGCCGAAGGACGUCGGCGUUGGCGCCCCAGCUUUAGACCCACCACCGCUCCCUCUCAAGCAUGGAUGUGUAGCAGAAAAAGGCUUUGUUCUUCUCUCAGUUCAUUCCCAGUUUGACAGGGUCUAGCGGUGCACGUUGAGUGUAUGUACUCACAGUCUCACACCACCCGCAAUCUUAAAUAUACUAGGCUUCAUCACGAGAAAUGUCAGGGCAAAGCCGAUUUGUGCCAAUUUCCACCAACGCCAUUUUCGAUACCGCCCUUUGACGUCCUUGAACUGAUAUUUGCGUUUUUGGGCAUAGCUUCUCGAAUUGAAGUUGAAGCUCGAUAUGUCAACUGGAAAGCGAGUGGCCAAGCGGUCCAUCCUUGGAACAAAAGUGAUGGUACCGGGCCAAGAUGGCCUCUACCACCCCGGAUGGAUCCAAGCUGUCAAGACUCCUGAAGGGAGCUUGUCCGAUGCACGAUAUGCGGUCAAGUUUGAGGAGACGAAGAGAGUCUUCGAGUUUUGUGAAAAUGACAUUUUGGGCCCGGGUUUCGAAUCCGUGACCUCCAAACACCUUCUGCCUGGACAAGUGGUGUUUGUGACCCAUAACAAUCGAGAGAUGUGUGGCAAGGUGGUCAGACAUGAUGUGGAGUCUCAAGAUGUCCUCGUCAAGGUCUUUGGUGGUGGAGCUGGCAACAGUCUUGAGGAAGAAACGGUUCUCCUCAAAAUUGAAGAUAUCAGACUGUUGGAGUCUCGCAAAUCAGCCAGAUUAGUCAAUUCUGAUACGGAUUUUUCCAAGUUGGCUGACGUGAGCAUUGCCAUGGCAGAAAAGAAGAAGAUCCAAAAAGGUCUGUCAAGUGAUGUUCCCCGAUCAGACUAUGUACAAAUUGCCGGAUCUCGAAAACGCAGGACAAGUGAAAAUCUUCCUGACGAUGAAGAGACGCUCUCCGAGUGUUCAGCAGCCAUGUUGCUCAUGAAGCUAUCGUGUUCGCCUCAUUCCCCACGAUACUUCCAAGGUGAUCUCCCAUCCCCCUUGGGCGUUGACGACGUACUGAGCAGCUCAGGAGCAUCGUCAUUUCGCUCGUUGACGCCUUCCCCGCCCUUAUCUUCAUCCGUCACUGACGAGGGUAUUGUCAAGGACAUUCGCAUGAAAUCCACGACAAUUUAUCAGUGCACCUUCCCUGGUUGUCGAGAACAGCGGCUUUCUGUGGAAUCGAUUGAGUCACAUGUUCGGAAGGAACAUUUGAAAAGGCCCGAGUACUUGACGGUGGAGGAAGAUGAAGACCGUGAUCAUGAAGAAGAGUUUUAUUACACAGAAAUUGAACAGUCGCACCCAUUGGAAGCCCCAUUUACUCAUCUAGCCUCGUUGAGCUUGGCUGAUCAUUUUGACAUGGCAAGACCACCACAUGAAGAUCCCAAUCGCUUCCGCAAGCGCUCAAGCAAUGGUUUUUCCGACUCCAACUUCGGCUUGUCUCGUAGCCUUCCCACUCACGGCUCCCCCGGAAAGCUGAUUCUGAUCAGUCCACCAGGAAACAGCCACACCUCCAGACCCAAUAAUGGGACCACAACGGGCAAAUCUCCUGCUCGUCGACCCCGGGAUGGGAAGAAAUGCCGGAAGGUCUAUGGUUUGGAACAAAGAGAUCUCUGGUGUACCCAAUGCAAGUGGAAGAAGGCUUGCGCUCGAUUUGGCACGAAUGCCUCUGAGCCCAUGCCCACACAUCACCAAUCUCUCUUGAUCUCAGCGCAGAACUUGUCCAGUCACACCCUAUCCCCCCGAUAAAAGUGAGCCAUGCCAAGUCGUCGAGGUUUGUCAUUUGGGCAGACCUUGAAACGAUAUGCAAAUGAACCGAGCUAGUCGAGAAAUGAGACUUUCUGGAUUAGCCACAGAAAACCCACAACCUCUCAGAGACCACAUUUUCCUCACACCACGCCUACCGUCGUGCUUUCAUAAAUCAAACUUCGAAAGACUUACCGAUAUGAAUGAGAAUCAACUAUAUCAAAAAGAGGUCUAUUCAAUGCUUCGCGUUAUGUCGAAUCAAGAAACAAAGUUAUCCCGACGAAGAAAUACCUGUGCAAAGGGUUCAUAUAUUAAAUUCUAAGAUUGCUGAUUGUCUCUAUCAAAUCAUCUUUUAUUAAGUUCGAGAACUUGGCUUCAACUCAAAUUUGGAGCUCUAUUCAAAAGGUAAUGGAUUCCAUUUUAAAUUCGUCGGGCCGCUCUAUUGUCUUAAAAACUGUAUCAUAUUGAGAUUUCCUGACUAUCUUUCUUGAUUGUUUCAUCAUGCUUCUGCAGUUCAAUUCCAAUUUGGCAAAGUACUUACAUUAAGAGUUCAUAAGACUGUAUCAAAUCUCGUGAAAGUUCGUGCCUCUAAACACUUCAAAACGCGCAGUACAAAAAAAAUAGCAAAAAAACAGCCUACCGUAACCUUGACUUUUUCGAAAUCUGAACAAUAACAACCCCCUCCCCCCAGUGCAAUCCACAAUCCUCCGAUUUUGAAGACCAUAUUGCUCCAGAACAAAACACCGCCAACAAAAAUCGUUGAUCGCCGUGAAAACAGCGUGGCUGUUUAUAAAAUAUAUUCAUCUUCGUCCUCUCAAAUCAUACAAA